CAUCAAUAUUGAUCCCCAUCUACAAAUUCAACGUCUUUACCAUGUCUGUCUGAUGCCAGCUUUGCAUUACUUAAUACUUAUCCCUUUAAUCAUGACCUUCCAAAGCGACACCUUUGCUUCCAGCAAAAGCUCCAUCGGCUUGUUGAUUGUUCCUACCAUCAUCAGAGUCGUAUGUUUAUAUUAGCAUGCACAGCAAAACUCUACAGGUAAUCUUACCAAUUUCUGUUGUUACUGUAUAGUAUUUAAUCUCAUGUCUCAGUACAGCGAUCUACAACAUCUUCUUUCAUCCUCUCGCAAAAUAUCCUGGUAGGUACAGUACAGUACAGUACAGUACCUAUACAAAAACCUCCAGGCACAUGCAUUGAGAAAAACACAGGACCACCUCUACGCGCAACCUUUCACUUUCCCAAUGCGUUCUCCAAGCUACGAGGAACUUCUUAUAGAGAUACUGAGGCACUGCAUGAGCGGUUUGGGAGUGUGGUGAGGAUUGUGCCUGAUGGUCUCUCUUAUAAUACACCACGGGCUUGGAAAGGUAUGUUUCUGGGAACGUAUGGCAGGCCUUUUGCUUAUUGUUGUAGAUAUAUAUGGAGUGAAAGAAGAUAGGUCUGGGUUAGGUAAAGACCCGGCUUUUUAUAAGCGUGUUGGUGGGGUGCAUAUUCUUAGUACGUGAUCUUACCAAGUAUAUAUCCUGAUUUUAGUUAUGUUCCACAGCUUAUUUGAAGAUGCAAAUCAGGAAGAUCAUGCGAGGAUUAGGAAGGUACUCGCGCCGGCUUUUUCAGACAGUGCACUUCUGGCUCAAGAACCCCUUCUGAGGCAUUAUUUUGACCUGUUGGUUGAGAAGUUGAAAGCGAAGAUUGAUGGGCCUGCCGAGGGAAGGGUUGAUAUGAUGGCGUAUUAUAACUUUACGACGUUUGAUAUCGUUUGGUGAGCACUUUCUAACCACAGAGUAUUCUAACGAUCUUCUAAUUUGCAAGUGAUCUCGUACUUGUUGAACCUUUUGGGGCGCUUGAGGGCGGGCGAUAUCAUACUUGGAUUAGGUUAGUGUUAUACUACUUUGCUCCGUAUGGAUAUAGUAUUGAUAAUCCGAUUUAGAAAUGUUUUCGAGUCUAUCAAGAUGCUGGGUUGGAUCCGUCUUGCAUCCAAUUAUCCUGCCGUGGGUAUACUCUUCUCGAUUCUCCAAUCGCUCGUACCGUCCUUCGCGCGGAGGCAGGAAGAACAUAUGGAGUUUACGGAAGAGAAGUUAAGGAAACGCCUUAGUCUUAAUACGGAACGGAAAGAUAUUAUUGCCUAUGUAACCCUUCAAUCUUUCCUCUCAACUCUCAGGCUCAGGUUGUAUUACUAGCUGACAUAUAUUUCAGAUCAAUAGUGACAAUGAUGAGAACGUCGGAUUGAGCUACGUGGAGAUUUUGGGAAACUCCCGCACUUUACUUACUGCCGGCUCCGAAACAACAGCCACGCAUCUGAGUGGCGCGACCUGGUACCUACUCAACCAUCCCGAGAUUCUGCAUCGUGUGCAAGAGGAGGUCCGCAAGGCUUUCACGACGGCGGAUGAGAUUACACUUCUUUCAGUCAGCGUACCGGGACGUCUCCCAUAUCUCGAAGCCGUGAUUCAAGAAUCUUUCCGUUUGUAUCCGUCUGUGCCUGCUGCUCUACCGCGGAUUACGGGUCCAGAGAGAGCAUUCAUAGACGGGAAAUCCGUUCCCGGAAAUUUGCGUUGUUAAUUUAGUAUUUGAUCUGUUUUUAUGCUCAAGCGAAGCUUACCCAGCGUCCUAGAUUUCGGUUGGCGUGCAUCAGUGGUCUACCUACCGCCACCGCGAAAACUUCGCUAGACCCGAUGAGUUUCUUCCGGAGCGUUGGCUAGCUGACGCACCUGAGGAGUUUAAGGAUGAUAAGAAAGAAGCGCUUCAACCGUUUCUUCUUGGGCCGAGGGGUUGUCUUGGGAAGAGGUAUGUGUUCGCUAGCUCUACUCUAACAACUAAAAAUCCGCUGAAUUCUAAUUCGUUGUGAAUAUUGGUAUAGCCUUGCUUAUUUCGAGAUCCGAUCGAUUCUCACUCGUAUGUUGUGGCAUUUCGAGAUGGAACUUGAGGAUGAGAGUCUGUCUUGGUUGGAGGGUCAGAGGAAUUUUACUUUGUGGGAUAAGUCGGGUUUGUGGGUGAGAGUUGAUCAUGGAAGGGUCUAAAAGACAACCAGGACACUUGACGAAUAUGUAAUCAUCAAGGCUGCAAAAGUUGAAAAAUGGAUCACUAGACGAAUGUGAUUCCUGCAAGAGGUGCAGCAGUGCUAUAUGCAAGCAGUUCUUCAAUCACCAACUGCGGAUCACGUUUUAGUUGGUUGCUACAGUAGAUAAUCUUCGCUCCAACAAUAGACCAACAUUAAACUAACCACACCUAGAAACACCCCACAAAACGAUCCACCAGAUAAGACCGUUGGCUCAACGAGUCAACAUACACAUCCCUCAACUCUCCUCACUCCAUAAACGAAGAAUAUGUAGUCCAAUACCAAACUCACACAUCUUCACACGAAACCAAUCUAUUCUCCCCCCCGCACAACAACA